AUGCCCCACCCGGUAAGUACGCCCAGACAGAGGAUACAGCAUAUUCUUACGAGUCUUCCGUUCCCCGUUCAACACCGCGUUCUACGGCUCGGCCAGUCAAACGGAUGGGUUUGUGCCGAGAAGGUGGAAUUGCACAUGGCGUUUAGAGCGCUCGAGCGAAGAAGCCGUAUCCAUUCCGCAUCUAAGGCUUCGAUCAUCCCAAAGGGGCUGAAUCGGUUGCGAGCUGACAUUGAAGGCAUCCGUCACGCAGCCGUGCACCGCCAGCUACAGGAUCAUCGUCGUCUGCUACAGCAACUGCACUCGGCCCGAGUGUUUGCAACCGUAUGGCUGGGCGACCCGCAGUGUGGAAUGGAGAUCGAGCAGUGUCAAAUGCGGAUCAACCGGCUUUUCAGCGGAUGGAAGGCACGCAACCGCCGUCUCCAAGACAAUCUGGCUGCGCGCAUGGGUUGUAACAGGAUGCCUAAAGACCGACAUCACCAAUUUCUCUUGCUCGAGGCGACGAGGAGGCUCUUGGAAAAUACCAAUCACGAUUGUGUUGGGCAAGUGGGCUACAUCCUACAAGCGAGCUUUCCGUCAUUGUAUACGAAGACGUGGGCAGGGCAUGCACGGCAUGGGAUAUGACAUAUUACUGAAUACAAAGAG